UCUCCUACAACCGCGAGAAUAAAUAUAGAGAGUUUUUAGUUGUUUGUAUCAGUUGCUUCUCCAGUCUCACCGGUGAAGGUUACAAGUAUUUUCCUAUCAAGUCAACCUCAGUGUCAAUUUUCAAAAUGAAACUAGCCGUACUUUUCACCACAAUUCUUGCUGCAGUCUCAGCCCAAAGACCCUUCUUCGCAGGAUCAGGCCCCAUCGGAGUACCAGAACUAGCAUCCAGGUUCAAAGACACUGACAAUUCAGGUUCCACAAAUCCACAGUUCCCAAACAGAUUGGGCACUGGAUCUGAAACAUCGACAAACCUUCCUAUAGACCGUCAGUAUCAACAGUAUUGGCCAAGAGAAAAUCUACCGUUCUCCGUGAUCAACGCAGAACAUAUCAAGAAACAGCUGUAUCCUAAUGGGGAGAAGAAAACCAGUGCCCAAGAUGUAUCUGCUAAUUCUUCACCACAAAGCAGUAGUUCUGCUGGAACAGUGAAUAACAAAAACCCUACUGUUAAUAACAGAGGCUCUUUUGAUAUCACCAACGAGGAUUCUCCGAAUCAGUUCACAGUUUUGAAGAACAACCAGUUGGUGACAUAUGUCUACGACUCAGCUUCUGACACUUGGUAUCCAAAGAGAAACUAGUGAUGAUCGUGGUGAAGAGCAAUUCGGAAGACAAGUUUAUUUAUUUAUUUAUUCAGUGUCAGUAAAGUACCUUUGUUCGUUU